AGAAAGAGAGAGAGAGAGAGAGAGAGGAAACUGUUAAAACGUGUGUUCGCGCUUGCCAGUCUCAGCAUCGCUCAGUUUCUGCAGGAGGCUGCAGCUCAGGAUCUCCACUGACCAGAUAUGAUCUACCCACUCUUCCCAGUCAGCCCAUUUCACUCCGAGCUGGGAUCUCUUUAUUUGUUUGCAUGGAUGAAAACAGCUUAUCGCAUGUUCAUGGAUUUCUCAUACCACAACUAAUUUGACUCAAACCUGGGAUUGGUGAAAAAAAAAAAGAAAAGACAAGACUUCAAGUGGUUUCUAGCAGGGUUUUUUUUUUUUUUUUUUUUGUAAGGUUUGUGGAAGCCUGUCUUGGACAUGGGACCGUGCGUCAGCCGAGAGGGAUCCGGUGCCAGAGGAAGAGCAUCUUCCUGAAGGAGGAAAAGCCCGUGUGCGGGAGUUUUUUUUUUGUUUGUUUGUUGUUGUUUUUUUUUUAUUCGGGGGUGUUUUUGUUGCUACCAGUGAGGGGGAGCUGUGGUUUUACGCGCCGGAAUGAUGCGUCCCAACCGCGGCUUCAUCCUGCUCCUCCUCAACGGAACUGCUUGUUUGGUGGCCCUGGGUCAAGAAGACGACUCCUCAAGCCCCAAGAGCUCUUCAGAUGACUCCUCCAAGACGGUGGGUCUCCUAAGCGGGCAGACUCCCCUUUCGCCUCUCAGCCGCUGGAUGCUUCACAGUAAGAGCAGAGCUGCUAAUACCACCUCUCUGGAGCUGCCCUACCGCUCCCCGGUCCCAUUCUCCAAGCAGGAGUUUUCUAAACAGGAGUUCUGGGAGAUGUUGGGCAGUGACCUACUCAAACCCGAUGCCUCCAGCUCCAGGGUCAAACGACGACCCAUUGUUAAGACCGGCAAGUUCAAGAAGAUGUUUGGCUGGGGAGACUUCUAUUCCAAUAUCAAGACGGUUAGGCUUAACCUGCUGAUCACUGGUAAGAUUGUGGACCACGGAAACGGCACAUUCAGCGUCUACUUCCGCCACAACUCCACAGGUCAGGGCAACAUCUCAGUCAGCCUGGUGCCACCUGUCAAGGCGGUGGAGUUUGACCUGGAGCGCCAGAGCGUGGUCUACCCCAAGGACUCAAAGAUCUUCAACUGCCGCGUGGACUAUGAGAAGGUGGAUCGCAGCAAGCGCACUUCACUGUGCAACUACGACCCAUCCAAGACCUGCUUCCAGGAGCAGAUUCAGAGCCACGUGUCCUGGAUUUGCUCCAAGCCUUUCAAGGUCAUCUGUAUCUACAUUUCCUUCUACAGUACGGACUACCGUCUGGUCCAGAAGGUUUGCCCGGACUACAACUACCAUAACGAGAUGCCCUACCUGCCUUCGGGCUAGAAGACUUGUAGGGGGGAGGAGAGGUGGGAGGGGAGAGGAAAAGGGGGUUGAGCAGGAGUGACUGUAACACAUGAGGAGGAAACCAGGGCUGUGAAUAGUCCUUAAUGCCACUGUGGCAGCAAGACACCUUAAAAAAGCUCUCUUUGUAGCCUGACUACUGUAAGAUGUAAAAACAUAUAUGCAAAACAAAAACUACAGUAUGCAGAUAAUGAGGCAUUCGGAAUGCUUAACUGCAGCAUUCAUUAACUGGGCUGGUAGUGAAAAUUAAAUGCCACCAACACGCACAUUCUUACCUCAAUCCAGUUUCUAAAUGCCAUUUUUUCUCCAGCUAUUUCUCUCUUCCAUUAAGUCAUUUGUGAAUGUUGUCUGAAUGUCCGUUUAAUCACCCUUUACAAUGUCGCUCUUUUGCAAAGUCACAAGGCAGCAUUUUUAGUGAAAGCUCGCUUUUAAAUGUUGUGAUACGAUUCACUGGAGAGCUGUAUACAAAUUUAGACUUUAUUAAAGACGUCAUGCAGUGAUUAACAUCAUACACUGUAAAGGCAAAAAAGAUCACGGUUUAAAACUUACCAGAGGGAACGCAAAGAGCAGAUGAAUGUAAGGUGUAACCAACCCACGGGAUCAUGGAGGUUAAACUCAAAGUCUUUUCAAAGGGCAUCCCAGAAAGUUCCACUUCUUACUCAUCUUUUCACCCCGUCCACAUCACCUUUAACCAUCUCAUUAAGGCAUUGUCCAGGUGUAGUGUUUACCUUCGCAGCCUGCCAAACCUAAUCACACUAUAUCGCUCAGUUACGUCACCCCAUUUCAAGAAAAGAGGGAGAGAAAAUAUUUUAAAAAAUGCAAGAAAAGGCAAUUGCUCAACAAAGAUUUAGGGUCAGGGUUUAAGACAAGUUCAGCAUGAGGGAAAUAACUAGAUUCUGCAUAGAGAUAGGAUUGGCCCUCCAUACUUAAGAGAGGGAGAGAGAGAGAGAGAAAGGUGGGGGAGUGAGAGAGGGAGAGAUUCAGUGAGCUGUUUUAAUUAAAGUGGAGAAGGAGACGUAGAGAGUAUGCAGCUCCUUCUAUUGUCCCCUCUGUAUGAAAAAGAUUACAUUUUGUUGCCGUCAGGAUUCCUGAUUUCACGCCUUGAUAACUUUGACUGUGUGAGAGAGAUUGCUCUCUCCCGACAAAUACUGUGUUCACUAAAGGCGGCCCGUUAUCUUGAAUAAAUGAAAAUAUUAUCAUAAUAAUUACAUAUAAUUUAAUCUCCUUUAGAACUAAUUAAGGUUUCUACGAGAGGGCGAAAUGUAUUCCUAAAAAUCAACUCGGCGGGUAGGAGGAUAAGAGGACGUUCAUGGAGAUUGUUGCGUUCUAGCGCGGAGCCAGCAGCCACAGCUCAGCCCAGAGUUAACUGCUCUCAUUAAGAUAAAUGGCCACUGGCUGGCCCAUCUCAUGUUUCUCUCACAAACAAUAUCAGCGCACAAUGGAGCUAUGAAUUAGGUAUCCUGACAUUUUGUGUGCUGAGAGGUUACCGCUAUCCUGCUUAUGAGGACACAAUGACUUUUCAGUCCAUUAACGAUGAACAGUCACAAGACAGGUGUGAAGAGUCGUUAAAUGGCGGUAUCAGAUAACUGGUUUGAUGCUAAUGUGCUGUGAUAUCAGGGAUACAGUCAUGGCCUGUGCGCAUGCAUGCUUGGCUUGAAUUGUUCAGCGAUGUCCCAGGUGGACAGUAGUCACCGUGAAGCCGUCCUCCUGUGGGGGGUAGCAUAAGGCUGGACAUAAAUGCUUCGCCUUGGCUGCUCUGUGUGAGCGCAGGAGUAGGAGGGAAAUAAAGCAACAGGGCUAAAGAUAGAAACAAAGACCUGUAAAUCUGCACGUCAAAGCUCUGAGUUUUUAAUUUACUCUUAAAGAGGGGGGUAGCACCUCUCCAUAUGCGACCAAAUCAACUUGUGGCCCAGAACAAAUGGCAGCAGUGCACAAGCAAGUCUGCAGGCGACAGACAGCUACACCACCCGCAGCCGUGAUAAAGCCUGUUCAUCCGGGAAAGUCAGACCUCUGCUUCCUCUUGCAUGUGAUUAUUCUACCGUAACAGAUAUUUCAUAUAUGCACCGGCUCGGCUGCUUGCUUCUGGCUCGUCUCUUACUGUACGUGUCUCACAAUCAGAAAUCCUCACGGAGUCGAUUUUUCCUAAAGAGGGUACCAACAAUCAGAGCGCCAACUAUGAGAAAGCGUGUAGAGACAGAAUCUGAUUCCUGUCACAUCACAGUAGCGUUUAUGCAAUAUUUAUUUGAAAGCAUACAUAAAGAGUCCCAGUGGAACAUGCAAUAUAGAUGUUGGUUUGGCAGCAACUGAAACUAAACACUUGUCUGAGGGUCCUUUUCCUGGACUUCUGGAUGAGAUACAAAGCUUCAUGUGUGUAAAAUGCAUAUCAACCAGCAUGAAUGAACCACUGCCUCUUGCUCUGUUCAUCCAUGUCCUCAUCCUACAGCCCUCUCUGGGCCUUUUCCACUCCAGACGUCUGCAUGUUUCUCAGUCAUAUGCCCCGCUGCCAUCAUGCUGUCGUCCUCUCCUUGUGUGUGACCCGGGUCACUGGACUAAGCCUCCAUCCCCUCUCUACCUCCCUUACCCUGGCGUUGAACCCUGCUGUGGGUAGUUCUUCAUUGCUGCCCUGCCCGCCCUCCUGCGCACAGCGCUGAGCUGAGCUGGCUAAUCUCUGUGAGCUUAAUGCCGAGCCAACUGAACAUCAGCAGUGAGAACUCCCCUCUCUCCUUCUCUAUCUAUCUAUUUCUCUCUAUAUCUAUAUCCCAUCAAACAAAUGCGUGUUCACACACAAUCUUAAGAUGUGCUGGUUUAGGUAUUUUCCUCUCUCCUGUGCAAAGCAUCUUACAUAAGCCCGUGGAUCGUGAGGACAUGAAAUCUCCUCAAUAGCAUGCCAACAGAGUGCCCGACACAGAUACGCCCCAGUAACCUCAAUGCUCCUCUCCCCCCUCCUGCGGGGUGUCCGGAGAGAAGCUGGAUACUCACACACAUUCGAAUCAAACCCGGGCAACACAAGCCCACAGCACUGAACUUAUUUAAAAAAA